CACCUAAAGAUCGCAAUUGAUUAUUAUGAUGGGUUUACUCAACCGUCUGGGCUUAGGGCUGCGGCGUUUGCAGCCGGCAGCGCUGCGACGGGGCUGGAAUCGCUACUGCCAUACUACGAUUACAAACAUCUCCAGGCCAGUGGGAUCGACCAUUAGUCUAGUAGCUAAUCACAAGAUCUACGCCAAGUCUGCGCUAGACGAUGGGGUUAUAGAUCAGGAGAAGCAGGCUUCGGUGGUAGACUUCAACUGGACCAUGGACGAGGACGAGGACGAUGACGAUGAAGAGGACGAGGAUGAAAAACAGUUAUAUCAAUCUCACAAGCGAGCCAAUGAACGGAUGGAGACCUUGUGGUGGUUGAUUACUCAUCUUUUCAUUCGUGAUGAAAGGUUUGAUGUCAAGUCUUUGCUAGACUUUAGGGUGAAACGUGAGAAAGGACUUUUGGAGGGCGGCCUUAAGAGGAUCCUUAGGAGACUUCGUAAAGAUGGGCGGUACUCUCUAGCUCUAGAGAUUUCUGAAUGGAUGGGGGAGAAAGGUUAUUUUAGAUUCUCAUCUCGGGACCAUGCUUGCCAGAUCAACUUGAUUGGUAAGGUUCGGGGAUGUUCUGCUGCAGAGCGCUAUGUCAAGAACUUGCCAGAACAAGCUAGAAAUGACACGGCAUACAGAGAACUCCUACAUUGUUAUGUGCAUGCACACAGAGCAGAGAAGGCUUUAUUUCAUUUUCAGAAGAUGAAAGAGUUGGGUUUUCUGUCGUCGCCUCGCCCUUUCAAUGAAAUUAUGCGCCUUUACGCCAAAAGUCUCCAAAUUGAGAAGGUCCUUGGGGUGAUGGCCGAGAUGAAGAAGAGCAAGGUCUCACCUGAUAAUGAUAGUUACAGAAUCUGCAUUAGUUCAUUUGGGUUAACCUAUGAUGUGGAUAGGAUGGAGAGAAUGCUGAGAGAAAUGGAGAGUCAACCCCACAUUGUCAUGGACUGGUGUACUUACGCCGUGGUAGCCCAGUUCUAUGAAAGAGCAGUCUUUGUAGAGAAGGCCGCCGAUGCUCUUAAAAAGGCGGAGGUGAUAUUACAAAAGAAGAAGAAGAAGAAUAGAGGAAGCCACAAUUUGAUAAAUAGUGAUUAUGAGAAUGUGAUAAAGUCGCUGGUGAAGCUUGGUGAACUAGAUGAGGCCAUGAAGUUUGCCAAGGAGUGGGAGGCACUCGGCAAUUGGCGCACUGUGGAUGAUAUCAGCAUUCCUUACAUAAUCAUUGAGGGGUACAUAAAAAAAGGUUCAUUACGAAAGGCAUUGUAUAGAAUCUGGGAGUGGGAUCGCAAGGGUAAGACCGGCGUCGACAAACUUUCACGUUUACUUUGCAACGAAUACCUUAAAGUGGGCAAUCUGUUUAAAGCCUACGACUACUGCUUUGUGGUAAGGGAUCGUGCGCUUGGAUCUCUAGUGGUUCAGAGGGCGUUUCUCCAAUACAUAGAAGAAGAAUGUGGCUUGUUUUUCCCCUUACGCUGCAGUGGGUCAUUCUGCUGCAGUAGAUCACUUAAAACUGAUGCGGGCAAAACAUUCUUAGAACUCACUCCAAUCAAUGCGAAAUACAAAAUCAAAGUCCCUUUACUGGUGCAUUCCGAGAACCCGACCCAAGAAGUAAAUAAGGAUUAUGAGAAUAUAAUAAAGUCACAGGUGGAGUCGGGGGAGUUGGACGAGGCGAGGAAGAGAGCGACGGAGUGGGAGGCAUCUGGCAACUUGUCUAGUCUUGAUGCUUUAAACCUUUCUAAGCUGAUCAUCGAGGGAUGUUGUAAAAAGUCUCUCUUUGUGGAAGCAGAGGCCAUGGCAGAAGCUUGGACAAGAGAGAAAAGGUGUUGGGUUGCGGGGAUUUGGUUGAUACUUGCUUGUCAUUACCAGGAGGAGGGUAAGCUGGUAAGNUAAACAGACAACCCCCCCCCCCCCUGCUGGGAGCGAGUCCAAGGCACCCACCCACCAACAACAACCUGCAGGGUGGAGGUAGGUUCGGGUCAAGGUGGAGCAGGAAAUACUAGGGGUACUAGAGGUAGCAAUUGUAUGGGAUAUUGUAAGGCCUUUCAAUCAUUUCAUGACAUUUUUAAUCUGUAUCUAGAGAACCGUCCUAUUUAUAUUAACUUUUUACUUUUUUAAGUUUUUUUUUUGGGUUAAUAAAAUGCUAAAAAAGUUUAAGAAAAGUAACUUCAUUGA